UGACUUUGUCAUAAGCUUUUGGUUCCACGAGCAACGCCAGUCCAUAUUUCUUCGGACACCGCCGCAACCGAACUUCGAGCGCGCCAAGAAAUGGGUCGCCAUCUCUCGGGGCCGCACGUAUGCCAGUGCUUGAGCCGCAUAGCCACCGCGAGGCGGAGCUCCCCGGUCACCGUCGCCGGCGGCCGCCAGAUGACCGGACCCCAGUUCGUUGGAGCCGUUUCGGGGCUCGCCCGUGCUCUGCUUCGGCUCGGCCUGAAGCCCGGUGACGUCGUCGCAAUCUCUGCAUAUAACAGUGACUGCUACCUGGAGUGGUUACUUGCUGUUGCAUUCGUUGGAGGGAUCAUCGCUCCUCUAAACUACAGAUGGAGUGCUAACGAAGCUAGAUCGGCCAUGUUAGCCGUAAGCCCUGUGAUGUUGGUGACAGAUGAGAGUUGUAUCAGUUGGUAUUCUGAGCUCCACAGGGAUGGUAUACCUUCUCUAAAAUGGCAUGUUUCCUUGGGCUCCCUUUCUUCGCCAUUUUCAAGCAAUGUGAAUGUAUCUACUAUAAGCAUGCUGGAUCUGCAUCCAAUAAGUCCUCCAAGUUCCUUUUCGACUACUGACUACAUCUGGGCUCGGGAUGGUGCCGUUAUAAUAUGCUUUACCUCUGGGACUACUGGGAAGCCAAAAGGAGUUGCCAUAAGCCAUUCAGCUUUGUUCAUACAAUCAAUGGCAAAAAUAACCAUAUGUGGUUACAGUGAGAAUGAUGUUUAUUUGCAUACUGCUCCUUUGUGCCACAUUGGUGGUCUCUCAUCAGCCAUGGCAAUGUUAAUGGCAGGAGCUUGUCAUGUCUUAAUACCAAAGUUCGAAGCUAAAUUAGCCAUUGAGGUUAUAGAGAAACAGGACGUAACCGCUUUGAUCACAGUUCCGGCCAUGGUCGCUGAUCUAAUAUCCUUUCUCAGGGACAAAGGACCGUGGAAAGGAAAAGACUGCGUGAAAAAGAUAUUAAAUGGCGGAGGAAGUUUGUCGAUCGAUCUCAUCAAAGAAGCUGGCAACUUCUUCCCAAGAGCUAAGAUUCUCUCGGCCUAUGGAAUGACAGAGACUUGUUCUUCACUAACGUUCACGACUCUCUAUAACCCACUUUCCUACCAGCCCCUUCAUUUUCAUGUCGGAACAGAUCUCAUUUCAGUUCAAAGACCAAGAGGCAUUUGUGUCGGCAAACCUGCUUCACAUGUUGAAUUGAGGACAGAUGGUGAUGAUUCAAUUGGCAUUGGGAAAAUUCUAACCAGAGGUCCACAUUUGAUGAUUGGAUACUGGGAUCAAGUUCGGUCAUCAGUCUCUAACAGUCAUUCAUGGUUUGACACGGGUGAUGUUGGUUUCAUCGAUGAGCAUGGUCAGGUGUGGCUCAUUGGUCGAGAAAGUGGUCGGAUCAAGACUGGGGGAGAAAAUGUUUACCCUGAAGAGGUAGAGGCAAUACUGUUCCAACAUCCAGGAGUCGCUGGAAUCGUCAUCGUGGGAAUUCCUGAAGCUCGCCUGACUGAGAUGGUUGUUGGGUGUAUUCGUGUGAAAGAGAAGUGGCUUUGGUCUGAUAAAGGCCGUGAACUUGGAGCUGAAAAGGAACGUUUGUUGUCUGAUGAAAUUCUUCGACAGUACUGCAGAGACAGGAACUUGACAGGGUUUAAGAUACCAAAAAUUUUCAUUCCUUGGAAGAAGCCUUUCACGACCACUACUACAGGAAAGAUAAGAAGGGAUGUGGUCGGUCAGGAAGUUGUUUCUCAUGUUAGCUUCAUUGGCAGUAACUUAUGACUGCUGACAAUGUGACUUCCCAAUUCAAUGAUGAAAUUGGAAAUGACUGCAGUUUAUUAUCUGAAAGAUUGACAUAAGUAAUCAAGCAAAUCCUGAGCAUUGCAGAAGUCCCUUGGCAGACAAAUUCUGCAUCAAUUUUUUCGAAUAGGAUUUUGCCCCAGCCAUGAAAUAUGGGAAUAAAAACGAUGGGAAGUUGAAGUUUUUUAGUCAUCUACUCAUUGGGAUCGGGUUUGAGUAGGCUCAUCAAUGGGGUUAGCAUUGUUCAGGGCGCUUGGGUCGGUCAACUGUUCUCGUGCAAGUAGUGUCAUUUGUAACUCUAGGAACUAAUUGUUUCCGGCAUUAAAUUGUUUCUUGCUAGCAAAUAUGUGGACAAGAUUAACUAUGAAAAUGAUUUGCUAGACAUGUGCAUUUGUGUGGUUUCCUGUGAGUGCACAAUAGAUUAAUUAGUCCUUGCUGUGAGUAUGAGCAGAGGAUUACAUACAUGUCAGAAGCAUUUGGCCUGUAUUUUCCUCAGCUGGAUGAGUAAUUGACUACUAAGCUUUACCUAUUCUGGUCAAAAGAUGCUCAAUGACCGUUAUUAGACCUUUCUACAUUUCCCCCUAUCUUUUAUAUUGGUUUAUGGAAAUUCUGAGCAGCAACAA